AUGCCAACGCAUUUUUCCGACUUUGGACGCGGGGCGUAUGGCAACGACGGCAAAUCUGAGACGGUUCUAUCCGACGUGGCCUCUGAUGCGGAGAAAAGCAUUGGCCACCUAUCUGACCUGGAGGUCAUCGGCGGCGAUGCAGGGGCUUCUGCAAGCGCGACGGUGUGCCCCUGGUGCGGGCAGCCUGUCGAUAAGAUGCUCCUGGACGACUUUUCCUGGGGCAAGCGGAUGAACGUGAGGCUGCAGACACGCUUCUGCCGACAACAUAAGAAGCAAACGGCCAUGGAGACAUGGCGAGCCAAGAACUAUCCUGAAGUGGACUGGGAGGGCAUGGACAGGCGGUUUGCCGCUCACCGCAGCUUCUUGCUCGGCAUCAUCAACGGCAAUGCCUCGCAUUUCAGGAGCAUCCUGGCGCAGAAGAUUAAGUCGGGCCAGGCUAGGUCGAUGAAGAAGGAAGGUGACAUGAAUCCGGGCUAUUACGGCCCUCGUGGCUUCGACUUGAUGUGCGACUACCUCGUCGACGAGUUUGGCGAGCUGCUCAAGGAAAAGGCCGUCGACGAUCGUGUUAUUGCCGGGCGCGGAUCCGCGGCCUUUAUCCAGACUGUGCUCGUGGCCGAGCUGGCUGUGCAGCUGAUCAAGGACGACAUGGGAGUGUCGGCGGAGGAGGCGAGGAGCAUCAUGGAAGAGAGCAAGGCGCUGGGCGAGAUGGUUCACGAGGGGACUUGA